AUGGCAACAACCGAGACGCCAUUUCACGACCUCAAAUCUCACGUCCAGCUCACAAUGUCCGUCCGGGUGGUGGCGAGGGUUCGGCCACUCAUCAAAAACACGGAGAUCGAGAAGGACCGCAUUAUCGAAACCUACGGAGAAGCAGAGAACAAGACGACGCUACGGAUACCCAACCCCAAGAUUGCCAGCGAGCUCUAUUCCUUCCAGUUCAACAGUGUCUACGACGAUGCGACGCAGGCGGAGCUGUACGACCGGGAGAUCAGCCCGCAGGUCAAACACUUGUUCAAAGGCUACGAUGUCACCGUCUUCGCAUAUGGAGUUACAGGGACUGGCAAGACUUACACCAUGCGCGGUGGGAAGUCGUUGGCAGAUCGUGGAGUCAUUCCUAGGCUGCUGUCGAGCAUUUACCGGCGAGCGCGGAAGAUUGAGAAGGAUACCGCAGGCGAGACACAGGUGGAGGUGCAGAUGAGCUACUACGAGAUCUACAACGACAAGGUGUUUGAUCUUUUCGAGCCGCCAGAGCAGCGUACGGCAGCAGGCUUGCCAAUACGGGAUAACAAUGGCAAGACGGUGGUGGUGGGCUUGACGGAAAGGCCAUGCACUACGUUGAAGGAGUUCGAGCAGCUGUACGAUCAGGCGAACGUGAACAGAUCAACGUCGGCGACCAAGCUGAAUGCGCACUCCUCGCGAUCGCACGCCAUUCUCUGCGUCAAGGUUGUCCAGACGACGGGCGAGGAGGUACGGAUCAGCACGGCGUCGGCGAUAGAUCUUGCAGGAUCAGAGGACAACAGAAGGACAGACAACAACAGGGAAAGACUGGUAGAGAGUGCGAGCAUCAACAAAUCGCUGUUCGUGCUGGCGCAGUGUGUGGAGGCUAUCAGCAAGAAGCAGUCGAGAAUACCUUACCGGGAGUCCAAGAUGACCAGGAUCCUUUCGUUGGGCCAAAACAACGGGCUCACGGUCAUGAUACUGAACCUGUCGCCGGUGCGGAGCUAUCACCUGGACACGCUCAGCAGCUUGAACUUCGCGAACCGGACGAAGAAGAUUGAAGUGAACGAGAUCGAGAACCAGCCGAUCUUCCGCGAGCAGGUUGGCAAAGGAAAAGCGGACGGCACAACUUCGAGCUCCAUGUGCGCUCCUUCGAUGAACAGACAACCACUCCGGCCGAAGAUGCUAUCGCAGAACACCCACCUGAAAGAGGUCGCUGCCAAUAUUCCGAAGCCAGCACGACAAUUCUCCGUCUAUGCCGACAAGACGAAACCACCUGCUGCUCGCCCCUCUACCCAGGCCAACACCAGCCACGCUCGUUACUCGAACAUCCCGGUCAAAUCACCCAAGCGGCCCAACACCGAAGCCUCCGCUCGCCCCGCAAAGUUCCACCGCCCCAACGAACCCGCGAAACCCUCCGUCCCCGGCCUCAGCAAAGACGCAAUCGAAGCUCUCAUCGAACGCAAAGUCACCGAAGCCCUCGCCGAGCGCGCCGACUCUACCACCGUCUCCGCCGGCGACCCAGUUUCUGAUGAAGUCCAACGCCGUCUCGAAGCGCUCGAGAAGCGCGUCGAUGGACAAGAGAACGAGCGGGCAGAGGGUCUGCAGUACUUGUUGAUGGCGAAGCAACACCAGGUGCGAGGAGAGGACGCGAGUGCGUUGAGGAUGUAUCAGUUGGCCUUGCCAUCGUUUCCGGGGAAUGAGAAAUUGGCUAGGAAGGUCAAGGUGUUGCAGGAUAAAAUCGCGGGAAAGGGUGUGGAGAAGGCGAGGUCAAUGGCGAAGGAGGCCGGGGUUGGCGAGGCGGUGGAGCGGCCGGCGGCGAGGAGGAAGGCGAAGGGUGAGGAGGAUGAGAGUUAUCAUGAAGCGCAGGACGCUGCUGGGCAGCAAGACGAAGAUGAUGACUUCGCCUACCGCCCUCGAACCAAGAUCCGCCGCCCACAUACCACCAUCCUACCCAAACCGCCUACCUUCGACCUCAACCGCGACGUCUCCCCUCGCCCUCCAGUCAAGCACUCUCCGCCGCCCGAAGAACCAGACGACUCCGAAGACGAGCUUGCGAUCACUUUAACCCUUCAAACUCCUCGCACUAAACAACUGCUCGAGAUCAUCAACACGAAAGACAUCAGCCAGAUCAAACUCCUCAAAGGCGUGGGAGCGAAGAAGGCAGAGGCGAUCGUGAACUGUCUCUGCGACUUCGAGGACGAUGAGCGGGUGACCUCGCUCGGGCAGUUGGGGAAGAUGAAGGGAGUGGGUGUGAAGACGGUGCAGAACAUGCGGAUGGGGAUGGUUGGUGUUUGA